AUGGAGUUGUUGAAAGUAAUAGCGACUUUAGGGUUGAUUGGUGCUUGUAAUUCAGAAAAAAGCAUCAGACAAAGAAGAACAAUAAUUUUCCCGCCAACUAGUCUUUAUGGCGUAUUCGUAGCUAUAGCCGUGCCGCUAGAUAUCCCGGACAAGAACGUGUUUGUCUCAUACAACUUCGAGGCCAACUACAGUGAAGUCACAAACAUAACGCAAAUUGAUGAAGUCCUGUUUCCUAACCUGCCAAUCAUCAGCUCUCGACAGACGCGCAGUGUGACAAGAGAACUCGCUUAUACAAUGUUAGAAAACAGAUUUCAAGAGUACGGAAUGAAAGGGCGGGAAUGCAUGCUCAGGAACAUAUGCGAAGCCGCAGAGACGCCGCUUCACCACAACGGGCUGCUGGGCCACGUCAUGCACAUUAUAUUCACGCCCUCAUCAUCUCGCGAGGAAGGCAUAGACGACGAAUAUUACGAGGCCGAAGCAAAUGGUCACAACAGGAACUGUGAUAUGUACCUAGACGACUGUCCUUACAGCUUGUUCGACGUUAUAACCCGACUGGUUGAAAUACGACAUUCUUAACGAACGGCUGCUUGAUUUAU